AUGUGUAAUCUUUGUCAAUCCAAGGUAGAAACGGCCGAGCACACCCUCCUCCUCUAUCCCUGGGUUGCUGAAGUGUGGAGGGAUCCAGCCGAAACAGAAGCGAAACAAACAACUCCACCUACCUGGCGUGCACCGAGAACCGGCUGCCUUAAGCUGAACAUUGAUGGGUCGCUGGGGCCGGAGGGAGCAGUGGCCUGCGUCGUCCGAGACUCCUCCGGCACCCUCUUAGACGGAUUUACCAAGACGGUCUGGGCAGAAUCAAUUCUUCAGGUUGAAACCCUAGGCGUCCUUGAAGCCCUAAAAUUUCUACAGGGAAAAGAAAGCGUAGAAGCUGUGGUGGAAACAGACGCUAAGCUCGUGGUCGAAAACUUAAACUCUGAACUACAAGCGGAGUCAACAGCACGUGGGGCGUUGAAGGAAAGUAAACUGCUGCUUCAGAAGAUGUCGCACGUGGAACUGGCCCACUGUCCACGAUCUGCAAAUGCGGUGGCCGACUGGGCCGCCUCCCAUCACCGAAAGAAGUCCCUCCCUUUGAACUGGCGGGCCUCGCCUCCCUCUGCCCUUUGGGCUUUAUUAUGUAUAGAUGCCCCGGAAGCGGACCUCCGCGGUUUCCGCCUAUGA